ACUUAAAAGGCACUGGAGAGAGGUCAGGGUGGAAGCCGGGGAGCUGAGAGAAAGGAGGAAGACCAGAGGAAAGGACCAUGAAGCUCCUGGCACUCCCCGUGGCUGUUGCUGCCAUGGUCUUGAUGCUGGCACAGAACACCCAGUCAGUCCUCAUCAAGUAUGAGGGCCUCCAGGUGAAGCUGGAGUCUGUGAAGAAGCUGGAUGAACUGUUGGAGCAGCCUGGCGAUCCUAGUCCCCAAAUGAGAAUGGAAGAUCCCCUCUCUCUGUGCAGCAACCCACAAUUGCCCUCGGAUCUCCAACCUGUCUGUAAGACUCCCAAUGCUGCCGACACCUUCAAAGCCCUGAGAAGCAUCGCCCAAGACGACUGUGAACUCUGUGUAAAUGUGGCAUGCACGGGCUGCUACUGAGACAGCAUCGAGGACCCAACCCGCCCCAGUUCUGCCUUAUCCCCAUCUUGACCUCCCUCCCUGUCCCUGUUGUGCCGAAAAAAAGCGAGCGAGACCUGGAUAUAAAUUUGGAUGUGGAUUUAUUCAA